GCAGCGGGCGGCGGGCGCAGAGGCGGCGGCGGCAGGGUGGUCUGGCGACGGCGAUGCGGCAGCCGCGCUGAGCCUGACCGCUCCAGGCGCCGGGGGAACCGGCCGCGCGGAGCGGCAGCAUGCGGGGCGGCGAGGAGCUAGACGGCUUCGAGGGCGAGGCCUCGAGCACCUCCAUGAUCUCGGGCGCCAGCAGCCCGUACCAACCCACCACCGAGCCGGUGAGCCAGCGCCGCGGGCUGGCCGGCCUGCGCUGCGACCCUGACUACCUGCGCGGCGCGCUCGGCCGCCUCAAGGUCGCCCAAGUGAUUUUGGCACUGAUGGCAUUUAUCUGCAUCGAGACGAUCAUGGAGUGCUCCCCAUGCGAAGGCCUCUACUUUUUUGAGUUCGUGAGCUGCAGUGCAUUUGUGGUGACUGGGGUCUUGCUGAUUCUCUUCAGCCUCAACCUUCAUAUGAGGAUCCCCCAGAUCAACUGGAAUCUAACAGAUUUGGUCAACACUGGACUCAGCACUUUCUUUUUCUUUAUUGCCUCAAUUGUAUUGGCUGCUUUAAACCAUAAAACCGGAGCGGAGAUUGCUGCCGUGAUAUUUGGCUUCCUGGCGACAGCAGCCUAUGCAGUGAGCACGUUCCUGGCGGUGCAGAAAUGGAGAGUCAGCGUCCGCCAGCAGAGCGCUAAUGACUACAUCCGAGCUCGCACCGAGUCGAGAGAUGUGGACAGCCGCCCUGAGAUCCAGCGCCUGGACACAUGAGAGCGUCUGGAGUCCUCCCGCUGCCCUUGUGCCCGUCCUUCUAAUCAAGUUCUCUUUCUCUUAGCACGUCAGAUUUUUGUGUGAACCAGCUGAAUUUUGUCCUGUUUGGUAAAAGUUCCCUUUGGGGAAGGUUGCCUAGAGUGACCCAGUGACUGAUCUGUGGUGGGCUGAAGAGGCCCAGGUCCUCCGGCAUUGGGUGCCCGUGGGAGCAGCCGACUUUAUUGACUGCUCUAGGUCUUAACAACUGUCCAUCUCAGUACGCACGGUCUCACCUGACUCUGAGCCACCCUGUCAUGUGUAUUCGUGUUGAGUCAAAACCUUAUUAAAUGGCAUUGAGAAGGGAAGUAUAUGUCAGAAGACAGAAGCACAGGGAUGGGACAGCCAGUGAGGUACGUGAACAGUGAGCUGGGGUCCGUGCUGAGUCUGUUAGAUCCACCCUUCUUGUGCUCUGUUCACAGAGCAUCCAGGCAGCCAGCAUGGCCUGAGUGGGACUCUGAGGGGGUUGACGAAUGGAUGUGCUCCUGUAACUUCCUUGCCAGGCUUGUGUGUUACAGGGAUAGGAAAAGCUAGUGUCCUAUGGGGACAGCUCCAUGGGACUGACUCCCAGAACAGUGACCAUUUGUCUCCUGCCCUGCUGAGAAAUCACUUGAUUCUUCCUCCCGUUAAUCACCUUCCUGUGGUCCAUACUCACUUUCCAGGCUAGGGGACCAUCACGUUUGCCAGGGUCCUGCCUACCUUACACAUCUUGAGGCUGAAUUGCAGUUUCUGCACUUUUUCCUUCCCGGGUAAAAGCUGCAGAAGAAGCAGUCCUCCCAUUAGCCCAGGCACUUUGUCCACUUGCUGGCCUCAUGGAUCACAUGUGUGCACGUGUGUGUUACAGAGUGGCACACUCAAACUCAUACUUCUAUUAUAUGGACACGUCUGAUUUUCUGAAUAUCCAAGACAAGCUCUAAAGUGAUUCUCUGUCAGUUUUUCUAGGAUUUGAAAAUACUUGAAUCUGCACCAGGACACAUCCUUCCACGGAUGUUCCACGAGGCACUGCUGUCAUUCUGGGCACCUGAGUGUCUUCACUAUGAUCAAAGUCCUGGAACAUGUUAGGAAUCCUAGUUACAUACGGCUUUUGGAUUGGUUCUUGAUAAACUGAAAAUUAUUUUUGUGGUGAAUGAGUUAAACAGCCCCCUAUGAUGCUGUAAUUUUGUUGAUAGAGACUAAUUAUAUCUUUUUUGGAAAAUUGUUUUACCAUGUAAGGUUCUCACUCUGAACUGUUGAUGUUUACAGAUCUUGUAGCUCUAAGAUUUUGUGGAUAGCCUCACCAAGGAAAAGAUGUGGCUGGCAGGAGGAUAGCGUGGUGGGAGAGAGCCCCCACUAUCUCCUAAGGACUGUUCACAGCCUUUGGUUAUGGUGUCCUUUGUAGUUCAUAACCCAGAAGUGGGUGCCAAGGCUGCGGAGAAGUCUGAGGAGGCGCUCCCUGUGCACCAUGGCUCUGCAUCAUUCAGGGAAGAGCAGUGUUGUAAGGUUGAAUAGCAAAGGGCGGCUAUUGUCAAACACUAUAGCAGGGCUCAGGAGUCCACAGGAAAUAGGGUCAGCCUGUAUCUGACUGGGGGCAGGGUGAGGGAGUACUAGGGACUGGCUCCCUAAACCCAAUAUCCAGUGUAAUCCAGUUCUGCUGCAGUUCCAUAUUGGCAGUCGUCCAGGUCCCAUGUUCAGAGGAUGA